AUGGGCUGCCCAGGUUACGCUAGUGGCCACUUGACGCGUAUAUGGGCAACUUACUCUCAUGGUUAUAUAUAAUAGCCCGUGUGUCAAUACCGGCCGGCCUCCAGUUCCUCGCCAAGGGUGACGCCGUAGGGAGCUCCUCGCCCACCAUUCACCGUACCAGACCAGAUAUACUACCAACUCAACUAUGUGUGACGACGACGCUACUGCACUUGUCUGCGACAAUGGCUCCGGCCUCUGCAAGGCUGGUUUUGCCGGCGACGACGCUCCCCGAGCUGUCUUCCCUUCCAUCGUCGGCCGUCCUCGCCACCAGGGUGUAAUGGUCGGAAUGGGUCAGAAGGACGCCUACGUCGGCGACGAGGCCCAGAGCAAGCGAGGUAUCCUGACUCUCAAGUACCCCAUCGAGCACGGCAUCAUCACCAACUGGGACGACAUGGAGAAAAUCUGGCACCACACUUUCUACAAUGAACUCCGAAUCGCCCCCGAGGAGUCUCCCGUCCUCCUAACUGAGGCUCCCCUCAACCCCAAAGCCAACCGUGAAAAGAUGACCCAGAUCAUGUUCGAGACAUUCAGUUGUCCUGCCAUGUAUGUGGCCAUCCAGGCCGUGCUGUCCUUGUACGCCUCUGGCCGUACCACUGGCAUCGUGCUGGACUCUGGCGACGGCGUCACCCAUACUGUGCCCAUCUAUGAAGGUUAUGCUCUCCCACACGCCAUCAUGCGUCUGGACCUGGCUGGCCGCGACUUGACUGACUAUCUCAUGAAGGUCAUGACAGAGCGGGGCUAUUCCUUCACCACCACAGCCGAACGCGAGAUUGUUCGUGACGUCAAGGAAAAACUUUGCUAUGUCGCUCUUGACUUCGAGAAUGAGAUGGCACAGGCUGCUGCCUCGACCUCUCUGGAUAAGUCUUACGAGCUGCCCGACGGUCAGGUUAUCACCAUCGGCAACGAACGCUUCCGUGCUCCUGAGGCUCUCUUCCAGCCUUCCUUCCUGGGCAUGGAGUCUUCAGGUGUCCAUGAGACUGUUUACCAUUCCAUUAUGAAGUGCGAUGUGGACAUCAGGAAGGACCUUUAUGCAAACACAGUUUUGUCUGGAGGCACUACUAUGUACCCUGGUAUUGCUGACCGCAUGCAGAAGGAAAUUACAUCGCUUGCUCCCUCUACCAUCAAGAUUAAAAUUAUUGCUCCCCCUGAACGCAAAUAUUCCGUUUGGAUCGGUGGCUCCAUCCUGGCUUCCCUGUCCACUUUCCAGGCCAUGUGGAUCACCAAGGAAGAGUACGAGGAAUCUGGUCCAGGAAUCGUCCACAGGAAAUGCUUCUGAAACAUUACUGUUUUAGCACUGGGUGUGGGAAGAUUUGACAGUGGCUAUUCAAUUUGUUUUAAAUCGUUUAAUUAUUUUUGGGUUCUUACUCUGGUUUUACCGGUUCCAUGAAUUUCUGGCGUCAUAUCAAUAAAUACACUUCUUGGUAAGGUACAUAUACCAUUUGUUAAAAAAAAAAAACAAGGUUUGUUUUCUAUUAGAAAUGAGAUGAAAAAUCUGGGCCAUUUUCUUAAAAGUUGAAAAUCAAUAAAUGCUUGAAUUUUGUACAAUAAUAAACAUUUUUUCGAGC